UUUAUAUCCAUUUAUACUGUGUCUACAUCCAUCCCUACACGCAGAGGCGCAAAAAAAAUAAAAAAAAGAAACAAAAAGAAAAAAAAAAGGAAUACAUACCGCUUUUCUGCUAAGGGUUUGCAGUCUGUAUGUAACUUCAUUAUCUCCGAUCUCAGUUUAAUUUGAAUUCUAGGGUUUUUUUUCUUACGCUGCAAAUUGCAACUAGCGCGCAUCUGGAAUCACCGCUUAUGCGUCGCCGAUUUUGGGAAUCUUCAACAAAAAAAAGAUCCGCGAGUGGAGAAAAAUCGGGCGUGUUUGAUGGUUGAAGAUCCGAGUCUUGUGAGUAGCACCGCAAAUUUGAGAAAUUUCUGAGUGGUAGAGAGAUGGAUUUGGAUUUCAAUGGCGAUGUCACGUGCCUCGAUGCUGAACUUUUGCAGCUUCCGGAGGUUUCCCCUUUGGCUAUCAAAGCCAACCCUUACGUUGCCGAAAAGCUCUUUGAUCAGUGGCUUUCGCUCCCUGAAACCAAUUCUUUGGUAAAAUCCUUGCUCAAUAAUGCUAAGGGAGGUAGUCCAUUGCAUGUUUCUGGAACGUCCUCUAGUACAAAUAGUGCACCUAGCAAUUCAUUGCCUUCAAUGUUUGCUGCUGGUAGUACGCCACCACUUUCACCUAGGAGCUCAUCGGGUUCUCCUAGGAUCAUGAAACAUAGGGCAGGCCCUUCUGCUUUAGGAUCGCCCCUGAAAUUAAUCAAUGAGCCUGUGAAGGAGCUUAUACCUCAGUUCUAUUUCCAAAAGGGCCGACCACCACCGAGUGAAUUGAGAGACAGGUGCGUGUCUAGAGUCAACCAAUUUUUUUAUGGUCACAUGGAUGGACUCCAAAUGAACGAAUUUAAACCAGUAACAAAGGAAAUAUGCAAGCUACCAUCAUUCUUCUCCACCGUGCUGUUCAAAAAGAUUGACACCGAGGGCACUGGAAUUGUUACCAGGGACGCAUUUGUAGAUUAUUGGAUCAAUGGAAACAUGUUGACGAAAGAUAUAGCAACUCAACUAUACACAAUCUUGAAGCAACCAGAUCUCAAAUACUUGGCCCAGGAUGACUUCAAACCUGUCCUUCGAGAACUUCUGGCAUCUCAUCCAGGGUUAGAGUUCUUACAGAGUACACCCGAAUUUCAAGAAAGAUAUGCUGAAACUGUAAUAUACAGAAUAUUUUACUACGUGAAUAGAUCGGGAAAUGGACGUCUUACACUCAGAGAGCUGAAAUGUUCGAACUUAAUUGCUGCAAUGCAGCAUGCAGAUGAAGAAGAGGAUAUUAACAAAGUUUUGAGGUACUUCUCUUAUGAACAUUUUUACGUAAUAUAUUGCAAGUUCUGGGAGCUGGAUACGGACCAUGAUUUUUUGAUCGACAAAGAGAACCUCAUCAGAUAUGGUAACCACGCACUUACAUACAGGAUUGUUGAUAGAAUAUUUUCUCAGGUUCCCAGAAAGUUCACCAGUAAGGUUGAAGGAAAGAUGGGAUAUGAAGAUUUUGUUAACUUCAUACUGUCAGAGGAGGAUAAAUCGUCCGAGCCUAGUCUCGAGUAUUGGUUCAAGUGCAUCGAUUUAGAUGGAAAUGGAAUUGUUACGAGAAACGAAAUGCAAUUUUUUUACGAGGAGCAGUUGCACAGAAUGGAAUGUAUGGCACAAGAACCUGUACUUUUUGAGGAUAUUUUGUGUCAAAUAGUUGACAUGAUUCAUCCAGAGGAUCAAAGCUAUUUUACGCUGCGCGAUUUAAAAGGAAGCAAACUUUCUGGCAGUGUUUUCAAUAUCCUGUUUAACCUCAACAAGUUCAUGGCUUUCGAGACUCGUGAUCCUUUUCUAAUACGUCAGGAGCGCGAGAACCCAAGUUUGACCGAAUGGGAUCGGUUUGCACACAGAGAGUACAUAAGACUUUCAAUGGAGGAAGAUGCAGAAGAUGCCUCUAACGGGAGCGCUGAUGUUUGGGAUGAAUCACUCGAGGCUCCUUUCUGACGACUCCUCUUUCGUGUCUAUGCUGGCUACAAAGUACCAAAGCAGCCCGUCGGCUCUCAGUCAAUAGUGAUGACAUGUUUGAAGGCACUAUUGGGAAAUAUAUAUUGAGCUUAUCUGCACGUACGUAGCAAAGCUUGCCAGGCUAGAGAAAUGUUAUAUUUCACGCCGUUGGAUAUUCAGAAAUAAUUGGCGAACCCGCGCCAAUUGUUUACUGGAUAGUAAACGGUAACAGAUUAUGUUAGUUCACUACUUUCUUAGCUUAUUUUCUUUUAUGUAGCAAGAUUUCCUUUCCUUUUUUUUUUUUAAUUAAUUAUUUAAUUUUGAAGGCAAUACCUCCCUAGUACAUUUCCGGUAUGCGUUUUUCCUUCGUUCAUGAGUUCCUUCGUCUGGAGAGUAAUUGGUUUCGUUUUUUUAUAAUUAGCAACAGUUGUCUAAGCUUUGUGUAAAACGGCACUUCUAUGUAAAGAUAUAACGACUCCGGCAUAUUUUCUUAUAAAGAGGUGCUAAAUACCAUUUCAAAA